AAAAGCGGUUUGUGAACCGCGUGUUUUUAAUAAGCACGUGUUAACCUUAGCAACACCGUGUUUAACUCGCUUAAUUAAUUGAUUUUUGAAGAAUUGAAAGUGAAUUUGUUAUAAAUAAUCGUUAUAAAAUGACUGAUGAAGAAUCAAGCGAGAUUAAAACGGAAAAAAUCCGGGAUAAUGUCUUGGAGUGGUUUAGAAAGAUCGGAAUUGAUAACGAAAAGGUUAUUGUUAAAAACGGUGCGAAAUUAAUAGGGCAUUUAUUGGAAAAUAACUCGGAAACCGGCAAGAAUGAAUUAAAAUACGCUUUAACUAGGUUAAUUCGUGGACUUGGGGCUUCAUCGAACUCGACUAAACAGGGUUAUUACACCGUUUUGGUCGGAUUAAUUAAUUGUUUUGAUGAAAUUAAAAUUUGCGAUGUUUUGGAGGUUGGCAAUAAAGAGCUGUCAACGAGCGCGGGGAAUUCAAAAAGUGAAAACGCGGAUAUUUCAGCGGGGCAAAUUUUGUUGUAUGGGGCCAUAAUCCGAACUGGGUUAUUCGAUAAAGGUAGUAAUGAGGAGAAAAAAGUUAUCCUUCAAAAUUUGGUUUCAGCCGGAAAGAAACGGAGUUAUCUUUUUCUUUUAGCCGCUACGUUUAUUAAUCAACUUUGUAAUAAUGUUGAUGAGGAUUAUUUUAGGUCAAAAAUCUUUCCGAUUUUGUCUCCUGAGUUAGCUAAAAAUUGGCUGGAGCAAUCAGUUGACACUUUAUAUUUAUUAUUCGUUUUAAACGAUCGUUUUCCCAAGGUGGUGAAUAAAAAGUUUAUUAAAUCAGUUUUGGGGACGGAGGAGAUAGUUUCGGUUAAAUACUUGAAGGAGUUAACCAACGUUUUAAUCAACAUGCCGAGAUUAGAGACGGCGAAUCACCCGGUUUAUGAUCUCUUAUCGAAAACACUUUCGCAAAGAAAAUUCGCCGUCGAUUUCGUGUUGGAGGCCGAUAAAUUGUUGUUUAAAUACAAUUACAAUCGCCAUAUGGUUUUUACGUUGAUCCUAACCUCAGUUAUAUCGAAUUUAGAUGAUUUAAGUUUAUUACCAAGGUUAAUUACGAAAAAUUAUAUCCAACAAACUCUUCAAUAUUUUAAAACCGUUAGGAGUAGCAAAAAACCCGAGCAAUUACAACAAAAAAUUUAUGAAUUACUCAAUAAAAUCGUGGAGGUUUUAAAUAGCGACAACAUAACCUCACAAAUUAAAAUCGACGUGAUCAAAAAGCUUUUAUUCGACCCCGGGACUUUUAUAUUCGAGAAAAUAACAAGAACAAAAACGAUCCAACAAAUAAUCAACAAUUUAAACCAAAAGGAAGUCGAUAUGGUGGCGAAUUUAUACAAAAAGAUUAUUUUAUCAUCACAUGAUGACUUGAAUUAUUCAAAAAGUCGUUUUUUAAACAACGAUAAAGUUUAUGCAUCACAACUUUUAGUGAAACUCUUAAAUCACGAUCGAAUCAAAGACGAUUUUGAUUGGAAACUGAAUCAAAUGUCGUUUUUGUUGGAGUUAUCCUUUGUAAGAACCGGAAAUAACCAAAUCGGAGUUGAAUUAAUGAACUCGAUCAAACAAAGCUUUUUUAAGUGUUUAACGCUAAAACAAAACUCUUUUGAGGGCGUUAAAAAUAUGUUGUGGAAAUUAGCGAGGAAAUUAAACGAACAUUUCAAAAAAAGUGAGGUUAAGAGCCAAGAUGACAUUGACAGGUGUUGGAAAAAAUCUUUUGAGAUGUUCGAAAUGGUCGAAAAGCAACUCAAAAAUAACAACAAAGACGACUCAUCGACCCGAUUAAACCACAUUUAUCAAACGAUGUUUUUAUUUUUGGGAUUCCAUUCGUUUCAAGAUUACAAAUUAACCGAGGAAAGUUUAAUCGAGUUGGAAAAUUGUUUUAACCGAAAAAAUAACCAACAAAAAGACGAGCUUCAUUUCACCGAGGUUUUAAUCGAUUUAUUUUUGUGUUUAUUAUCGUAUAACUCGUUAUUAUUCCGAAAUUUGAUUAAAAUGGUUUUCCCGUACUUCACCAAAUAUCUAACAGAUGGCGCUUUUUUGCAAGUUCUUUUCGUUUUAAAUCCUGAUAAUAAAAACAUUUUGAAACGAAAAAAUGAUGAUGAUUCCGAAAACGAUUCAGAAGAUGAAUCAAACGAUUUAAAUGAUGAUUUAGAAGAUUCAUCAGAAGAUGAUGACUCAUCAUCGGAAUCUGAAAAUGAAGAUUUGGAUAAAAACGAUAAAUUAAAAGAUGCUUUGCAAGUAGUCUUGGGGAAUUUCGGUGAUGAAGAAAUCGAUUUAGACGAAAUGAGCGAAUCGGAAGGUCAAAAACUCGAUGAGGCUUUAUCAGUAGCGUUCAAACAUAACCUACAAAAGAAAAAUAAUUCCAAACAAUCACAUAAAGAUAAAUUAAAGAUGAAUUUUCGUAUUCGCGCCUUAGAUUUGGUCGAUUUAUACUUGGAGAAUGAGCCUUCGUUGUUGAUUUGUCUUGAGAUAGUCCCCAUUUUGCUCCGAUUGGAAGAAUCAGCGAUUAAAGAUCCGUUUCAAACUCAAUUAUUGGAUAGGGUUAGAAAGGCGAUUAAAAAAUUGAUGAUUUUGAGGAAAUUCGAGAACAUUGAGGGGAUCGAUGAGGAGAAAUUAAAAGAAUUCUUUUUGAUGUUUUUGGAUAUCAUCGAAAAAGGGGGAAAAAACGUCUAUGUAAUUCACGCUUUGAGAGAAUCAAUCUCAAAUUGCUGCUUAUUCUUUGUAAGAUCGUCCCAAUUUUUGAUUAAUUCCCCGGGGGUUGAUGAAGAAAUGAAAAAAUUCGUUCUAAAAACGGUUACAGAGGUGCUCGGAAUCCUGAUUGAUUCCUAUUUUUUGAAUCGCGAAUCAAUCGUGAGUUGUGACUUAAUCAAAUCGAUUUUUCGCAUGUAUUUGCCUAAUUUAUACGAUUUAGUGGAGAAAGUACUCGGAUUUAUUUACUUGGAGGACUUAAAAAUCUACAAAAAAAUCCAAGCUGUUAAUUUAGUGAAAGAAUUCUUUAAGAAUCACCGAUUGUUAACCUCGAACAACCCAGGGGGAACCUUUAAAAAAUCUUUGAAUAACUUUAUUGUGACUACAGAAGAAAUUUUUGAAUUCUCUGUUAAUAAUAAUUCACCGUUACAAGAAAAAUUCGUAAGCAACUUAUUAGAUUUAUUAAUUAGUAUUAAAACGAGCUCAAUCACCACGAUUUCUUGUAAAAAAUUGACCGAUUUGGGCGACAAAUACAAAGAGAGGGUGAAACUAACCUCAAAAACGAAAAAUUUAAUUUUGAAGCUUCAAAGAGUUAAUCUAGAAGAAAAAAGUGAGGAUAUUGAUGAAAAUGAAGUAAACGUGGAGAUUGUUAAUGAUAGUGUUAAGAAAUCGAAGAAAAAUUUACUUAAGAGAGUUGAUGACAUCAAAAUUAGGUUAAGUAUGAAGAGGAAAUUGGAAGAUUUAGUUGGUGAGGAUAAUAAUAACAAAAGAUUAAAAUUAAUUAAUGGGGACGAUGAAAAGAUUAAUGGAGAUAAAGUUAAUGAUGAUUUUAAGAGAAAUAAAAGGAUGAGUUUGAAAAUUGAGACAAAAGAACUUCAUAAAUCGAAAGCUAAAAAGAGGCAAAGUAGUGCUUUUUAAAGUUAAGUUUUUUCUAAUUUUUAAGAUUAAAUGUAAAGAAUAAACUUUAAUUUUCAUAAAA